CGUGCGGUCGGUCAGGGAGCAGAGCCACCGAGGAGUCGCAGGCAGAGGGCAGGAGAAGCAGAGAACUCCGGGUGUUGAUGCAGUUGGCCCCCUCUCUCCUUCACUUUCCUCAUUAUUUUGGAUGCCGUGUUUUAGUUGUUGCUGUGACUGACGUGACGUCAGCAGCCCAGAAGAGAUUUCCUUCACAACCGAUCUCCAGCACCCAGAGAGACAGAGCCUGGCUAUUGGUAACAGAGAGGGAGAGAGACUGAUUCUGAGGAAGGCAACAUGGGAAACAUUCUGUAUUCUGGAAAGAAACAAAAAAAGAUGAACACGGCAACAGAAACAUUGUCCAACUAAGAGUGAAAUAAUAAAAGGAGAGCAAAUCUUUCCUUUGGAAGGGACGACAAGAAAAAAAAAGCAUCCCGCAGAUCUCUGGAAACAGGUGAUGCUCUUGGACGGAUCAUGUCUGAAGUACAAGGAACCGUUGAGUUUUCAGUUGAAUUGCACAAAUUCUACAAUGUCGAUCUCUUUCAGAGAGGGUAUUACCAGGUGCGGGCAGCUCUGAAAAUCCCACCCCGAGUUCCUCACAGGCUGACAGCAACACUGACAGGACCCCCAGGUGAUUCGGUCCCCGGUCAGCCCUUCAUUCAUGACAACACAGCCUACAGCAAGAUAUUCCAGAUCUUGUACAGAAAUGAAGAGAUCAUAGUGAACAACUCCAGCCUUUUCAGAGUUCACCUCUUAUUGGAUGGAGAGAGGGUGGAAGAAGCAUUGAAUGAAGUAGACUUUCAGCUGAAGCUUGACCUGCAUUUCACAGACUCUGAACAGCAGUUGAGUGACAUUACAGGAAUACCCUUGAUCAGCAGCCGAAGACUGGGUCUUCACUUCCAUCCCAGGAGGGGCUUACAUCAUCACAUACCUGUGAUGUUUGACUAUUUCCACCUCUCUGUCAUUUCCGUUACUGCACAUGCAUCACUUGUUGCUUUACACCAGCCCUUGAUAAGUUUUCCUCGACUAAGCAAAGGGAUCUGGCUUGGGAAAAAUGGUCAUGAGAUGGAACCGAAUGUAUCAAAUCUUAAUCUCGAAAACCUCAUGUUUGGGUCUAGCUAUUACAAACAGCUUACAGUCGAGGGGAGCAGUAAUGUCACCUCUGAGGAUUGUAUGCAACACGUAUACCGAUGGCAUGAAAAUCUCUGCCGAACUUUACUUUCUGCUUACAAGGGACUUCUUUGCUACUUCAGUGCAAUCAUGAAACAGAUCCCAGAACUUCAUCAGAUUCAACUGGAGGACUGCCUCAUCGAAGAAACAUUGUGCCAGCUUCACAUUAACUUGCAGAUGUUUAACAGCCCAGACAAAGUGGCAGAACAGAUCAGCAGGGACCUGGCCCAGCUCUGUUCCUGUCUUGCAGCACUGUGGAGCCAGUUCCUAGACAGUAUGACACUCCAAACAGAUGUUACAGCUUUCUUAAGCCAAGAUCAUCACAGUUUAAGGGUAAGAAGAUUCUCAGAGGCUUUUUUCUUCAUGGAGCACCAGAAGCAGAUGGCACUUACAUUUCAGGAAUAUGUAAUCCAAAGGCAUAGUCAGAUUGCAGCAGCUGUCAGAAAUUCAUCCUACCUCACCAGUAUGCCUCCACUGCCCAUUGAGUGUCUGGAUAUAGAUGGCGAUUGGAGUAAUCUUCCUAUUAUAUUUGAAGACCGAUAUGUAGAAUCUGUUUCUAAAGCCAGCUACAUGUUUGAUAGUGACGCAUCUGACAGGGAGAUGGGAUCGAAAGUGAAUCAUGUGAUGGACACAAAGAUUUCAGAAUUUGGAAGCUUGCCCAUUAAAGUAAAGGGAUACCAGCAAAUUCAUGAUGGUGUAUUGAAUUCUGAGGCUUUGAAGGUGCUUGCAACAAGGACAUCUGGAACACAGACACUGAAUGAAACUGUUUCCUUGGAAACGAUGUACAACUCUGUGGAUUUGGCUGCUUUUGCCAGCCAAGAAUAUGAUGAAUUUAGUGAGAAUGAAACCAAAAGUAUUCAGACCUCAGAGGCGGCUAGUUUGGUUGGACAGUGUCAAGGGGAGCUCUCUACAAUCUAUGAAAAUCAUUCUGAAUCACUCCAACUGAAUGAAAAGUCACUGACUCCUGAGCAGCAAGAAACUGUCUCUGAAUGCAUUGAGACCAAAUUAGUCAAACAGUUGGGAUCAACAUCAGGCUUGAUGUAUAUUGAGGUAAAACCCAGCACCAAGGAUCCUUACCAGGGUGAGACUGUGUUAGUCUGUUCUCCAAAUGGGACAAAUACCAGUGAAUGCUCUGCCUCUAAUGACACUGAAAUUAAUCAGCAGGAGGAAUUCAGUGAAGUAGAUUUGGACUUGCCGUGUUCUGUUGUUAACUCUGAGCAUGUGGACAGUGAGUCUGUUGAACACGAAUUUAUAAGAAGAAGAAUUGAGGGUACUGACUAUCCCAUUAUAACUGGGGCCAUGAAACGAUCUCUUUCGUUAAUAUCUGAUUCAGGGAUAGAGAGUGAACCCAGUUCAGUGGCUUGGUCAGAGAUGCGAAAACCACUGGAUUCAUCUAGUGACCGGGACCUCGUGCACCAGAUAGUUAGAGCACAAGCAAUCCACAGGAAUUCACUAGAAGGUGGUCAGACCGAAAGUGGCACCAGUUUGCCCAGUGGGAUCCAGGCUUCUUUGACAUCAAUCAGCUCGUUGCCUUUUGAGGAUGAAGAGGAGGUGGAACUCAGAAAAUUGACCAAAUCUGUCUCAGCCCCACAGAUCAGUAGCUCAGAUCAAACAGGUGAAGCCCCUGAUUCUUUACCGCAGCAACAGAUAGCUGACGAAAAUCAGUGGCUGAGUAGGCAUCCCUUGGAGGAGGAAAGGGAAGAGCAACAUGAGAUGUGUUCAGUUCAAAGAGAAUGCGGUGAGGAUUCUGAUUCCCUGUCAGAUAAAGAGAUCCCGCCUAAACAUUUAGAAGAUUCAGUACUGAAUAGUAGCAGCAAAAUGGAGCCCAUCAAAAAUACCACCAUUUUGGCAAGAGAUCAAUGGUAUUCCUCUGAAAUGAAUAAUAAUAUUGACCAGCGUCCAAAUGUAUUCAGUGCUGAUCGCCGUAACGAUUCGAUAAGUCACAGUGUUAAAGAGCAUGUGUGUAAGGAAGUGGAUUUUAAUAGAUUAUUAGACACAGAUGUUGACACAUCUGACCCUGACAGUCACACAGAAGAGAUUAAAUUCCUUUCUGCUGAACUGCAAAGUGGCAAUCAUGGGUCAUUUAGCGAUGAGUUGCCAAAUGCUGUAUUUGUUGCAAACAGUAACAAUGAGCUAACAACGUGUGAGUUGGUGACACAACCUGACCUGCAGACAGAGGCUUUGGAGCUGACCAAUGUAGCAUUCAGCGAUGUCCCUUCUCCCGACAGAACAUGUCAUGAAGAAACUCCCUGCCUAUACAAAGGAAAACUAGAAAUGGAGCAGCAAUGUGAUAGCUGUACAGGAAUACAAGAGGGAAGUGAAAACCCGUCAGCGCAUACCAACAACAGUGAAUUUCAGCCUCUGGUUCAUGGUGGAAAUUCCUCUGGAACUGGUAACUCAGGCAUGGUCUUUGAGAAGACGAACGUGGUUGAGGUGGUCAAUCUUUCCGUUUCAUGCACAGCCACGUGUCUGCCAUUUUCUUCCAUGUUGAGGGAUUCUCCUGUUUCCUUUCCCUCAAAGCAGUUAGCGUCUCCAAUUACUAGACAGCCCAUCGGCUCAUUUGGCAUGGUCUCUUCUACUUCCCAGGAUGCUGAUGCAGAAAUCAAUGAGAAAAUGGCGAGUUUUAUUCAAGCCAAAGAAGAGUUGCUAAAGGGACUGAAGUUUGAAGGGUUGUUGUACAGUAAUCUGCCUCUUCUGGCUUCCAAUAUCCCUUACUUCACUCCAGAGGAAGAGGAGGAGGAGGUGAAUUUGGAAGAGGGAAUCCACCUGAUUAUCUGUGUUCAUGGAUUAGACGGUAACAGCGCAGAUUUGCGACUUGUGAAGACGUUCAUUGAGCUGGGACUUCCUGGUGCCAAGCUGGAUUUCUUGAUGUCUGAAAGGAACCAGAGUGACACCUUUGCUGAUUUUGAUGCAAUGACUGAUCGACUCUUGGAUGAAAUUAUCCAACAUAUCCAUCUCUACAAUCUGACAAUAUCCAGAAUAAGCUUCAUUGGCCACUCACUGGGCAACAUCAUCAUUCGCUCAGUGCUGACACGGCCAAGGUUUCGAUGCUACCUGAACAAGCUGCAUACCUUCCUGUCACUUUCCGGGCCUCAUCUGGGAACACUAUAUAACAAUAGCACAUUGGUUAGCACAGGUCUUUGGCUCAUGCAGAAGCUGAAAAAGUCUAGCUCACUGUUGCAGCUAACGUUCAAGGACCAGGCUGACCCUCGCAAGACUUUUCUGUAUAAACUCAGUGAAAAACCAGGUCUGCAGUACUUCAAGAAUGUCAUGCUGGUGGCAUCAACACAGGAUCGAUAUGUUCCUUUUCAUUCUGCCCGGAUUGAAAUGUGUAAGACAGCACUAAAAGAUAGACAGACUGGUUCUGUCUACACUGAAAUGAUCAACAAUCUCCUUCGGCCAGUGACAGAGACUGAGGACUGCACUUUGAUACGCUAUGACAUUUUCCACGCACUGCCAAACACCGCCAACGCACUAAUUGGACGAGCUGCACACAUUGCCGUCCUUGACUCUGAACUGUUCCUGGAAAAGUUUUUGCUGGUGGCAGGUUUAAACUACUUCAAGUAGCACCCCAUGUUUCUCCUCCUCACUUGCAAAACUCUAAAAUGUUCCAGCAUUUCCAGGUGCUUUCUUAUAGGAAAGCACUAACUGACUUGGUCUUGAUUCUUGAUUACAAACGUCCGUAUAUUAACCAUGUGAAAAACAUGAUUGUAUUGUAAAUAGUACUAAAAAUAAUUUACAUUUCAGAUUAAAUCUAUCUAAAAAAUACUUUCCUGCCUUAAAAUACACACAGAAAUUCAGCAAAGGCUUUCUAUGAGAAGCAACUUGAGUAGGAGAUUCUGAUUUAUCUUUUAUUUAUUGUUUAGCUGUCAUGUGUCAAUCUGCACGUGUUAAAAGAUGGAUAUUGGUUGUUUCCUCUGGAACAAACAUGGCACUGCAUUGGCUUCUCAGACAAAACUCAUGAUUUUGAGUAAAGCCAAAAUGCAAUGAAUGUCACCAGAUAAUUUGCAUGCCUGCACCUGUGCCAGUUUAAUCCCAGGUGCCCCCAACAGCAGCCCAUUUUCCUUUUAUGAGAACUAUUCCUUGCAAUGAUGAGGGACCUGUAUAACAAUGAGUGAAGAAGAAUAAUCAUACAUGGGCGGCAUUAUUGUGGGUUUAGGUGAUAUCAAUUAACGUGCAAAUGGUUCCUGACGCCCAACUGUGAGUUUGGAAAAUUAAUCACUCCCUUGUGCCUGCUGUUUCUUCUAUUAGUUAGUGUGAAGGGCACCCCAGGACUUUUCGUUAAUUUUUCAUUAACGUAUGGAUUAAUUUUAUUCAUAGCUCAGCAAAUGCAAAGACUAAUUGCUUUGUGAGUCUACCUUGGCCCUGUCGAGUGAUUCAUGAUUAAAGUAAAUACCAAAUUAUUGAUGUGUUGAUCAUUCUGAGGAACAUCAAUACUGGGGAAUGGACUAUUAUUUUACUAUGUUCACUAGGGUGAAGCACUCACAGAAAAGGUGUAGCAUGGUUCAAGUUCAUCAUAAACUCAAAGCCUUAGUUUUGUGGAAGGUAAGGAAAGGAAGUUGAUUUGGGUAUAGAGGCGGGCCACACUUUACGAACAUCUGAUCUACAUCAAAUGCUCAAGAAAGCGUAUGAACAAGAUCCCAUAUUAAUUUUAAGGAUCUGACAUGCAAACAUUAUACUUACGAACGGCCGUUCUACUUUGUAGUGUAUUGUGUUCCAGUUUGCGUACAAAUCCACUUAAGACUGAACUCAAGAAUGGAAUGUUUGUCCUAUUGAAAGGGGACAAUUGUUGAGCUACAAAGACAGACAAGGAGCUAGUGGCACAGUGAUCAUAUCACUGCACUAGUAAUCCAGCAGUCCAGUCUGGGGCACAGGUUCAAAUCCGAGUCUAACUCCUGCUGGAAUUUAAAUCCAAAUAUUCAGUCUGGAAGAAAAAGGUGGUCUCAGUCAUGGUGGCCAUGACAGUUAUCACGUGUUGUUAAAAACUGAUCUGGUUCACAAAUGUUCUUCAACAAAGGAAGUCUGUCAUCCUUGCCUGUCCUGGCUGCCUUGUGGCAAUGCGUUUGACACUUGCCUUCACUCUGAUAAGGCCUAACAAGCCACUCUGUUCAAUGAAACUUAGCACUGGAGAACAUAUUCAACAGAAGAAUAGAGAAAACAAAGAGAGCACGGAUCAAAUAGUCAUUCGUUCAGAGAGCCUGCACAGACAGACUCAGCUGGGCACCAGUCUAUGUCAGUUCACAAUUUGUUAAAGAGUCAGAUCACCAAAAUGCUCUGGCUUGAGGGAGAAAGCAAGUACCUGAUGGAAUAAACAUGAACAGUUUGUGUCUGAAAUGGUUUAAUUGGCAGAAUGGAAUGUUUUGAUCUUUAAACUUUAAUUUCUUACUAUGGCUCAUGCUGUAGCUGUAUUGAGAGUAGCUAGACGAAGGUUGUGACUUUGUAUAAAAGCUUCAAUAAGGGGGUUUCAUAGUUAAUGUAUGCUGACUUCCAUGGAAUUAAAAUUGGGAUAGGAUAUGAAAUGGGCUGCUGACUCAUUAUCAUCCAUUUUAUACUGCCGUACAUAGUCAAGAUCGACCCACUUAAUGCUGAGAUUGUUGGAAAAAAAUAGUAAUUCCAUUCCCAAAGCAUUGAUGUGAAAAAAAUAAUUUCUACCAAACAACAAUUUAAUUUAAAAUCAUUACAUCCAAUCAGACAACUUUAAGGGAGAGAAAACAAUCGUAAUCACAUUUGGUUAACUCUUCGUUGACAGCCCUAUUUAAAUCAGGCCCCGCAAACACGCACUGCCUGCUUCUUUCUGUCAGACUCUGUCCUUGAAACUUACAAGUGGAAGGACACAGUCUUAAGGUCAAAAAAUUCAGAACAAAAGUUCUUUCUUGAGUUGACAGGACCUGAUUAAUAUUUUACAAAUCUGUUUGCCAGCAAUAGCCAGUCAGAUUGGGAGGACGGGCUUUUGGCAGAGUAGGGGAGACAACGGCUAAAGACUGGGGUUAUCAGGAGAAACAGUAAUAAGAUAUGUAAUAGUAAUAUGAAAGGUGUCAGAGAAGUUGAGGGAGGAGGAAAGAAAUCUGUGGAGGGGCAGAGAUAUCAUGGAGGGCGCUGAUAUGACUGCAGAGUUUUUGGGCAAUUAGAGACAGCAUGCAAGGAGAUUAUAGCCCACAGCGAGUACCACAAGGAUAUAAGAUCUCACUGAUGUGAGAUCGGAGUCUCAGAGACAUUAACUGGUUUGGUUUGAGGGAGGUGGUUGGUAGUGGGGCUGGGGUAAGUCUCCCAGCCCAGAAGCUGAGCCCUAUAGCCACAUACCUGUUCCAUCCAGCUGUCCUCCCUGCCCUUUAACUGCUGGGCUUCUACAGCCUGGAAAACCCAAUCAGCCAGCAUUAAAGCUGGACCAAGGGAAUUCAUCUCAUUGAGAGAGAUUUGAUCACCAGUACCCUGCCCUCAUCCGGCCUCCAGUAAAAUCAUGAAUAAAUCGAUCUCGUUAGAGACUUUUUACAUUUUUACUUCUCACCUGAUCCAAAAGCACCCACUCUAGAGGGGUUAUGAUUCACCAUUUUCUCCCUCACACAGAGAUCAUGGUGAAGUGAUAUUCCUUUUGAAAAAAGACCUGUUAUUGUUGGAACUUGUUGGCUGAUAGUGUGUCGGCAAAUAAAUCCUAUCAGUUGUUCCAGGAUGUUACGACCAUCAUGAAAUUCUGAUGUCAUUCAGAUGAAAUAGAUUGGUUCAGUUUUUUUUUAAAGGCAGUCAGGCUUCUGGACUAAACUUUCCAAUGAAUGCUGGGAACUGGACUUUGGGACAAUUUAUGCAUCCCAGGCCUAUGCAUCUCAGCGGGAUGCCUACAGCACAACUUUGCCUAAGGCAAACUUCCUUAUCAGGUCAGCUGAAGAUGCUGGAUGGAACAGGAUCGCAGGCAGCCCAGAAGAGGGCCAGCAGCCCCACUGGGAGAGGGUCAUGGCAAAACAGAGUUGCUCUCAAAAAACUGCAGAAGUUUCAUAACAAAGAAAGAGCUAUUAACCCAUCAGGGUGAGGCAGACACCCUGUAUGACACUAGAAAAGUACUUUGAUGUUGAAAAAUAGCCAUUGUGUGGAGUCAUUGUUGCUCACAUGGAGUGUGUUCCCAUGGCGAUCUACCCCUGCAGCUCUUAUCCAUAAGGGGAACAACGUCAGCGAGCCAUUCUAAUAAGGUCUUUUGCUAUUUUCCUUGCCCCACUGCCCUCCCCCACAAACCAGCUCCCAAGGUUACCCAGGAAUAUGCUUUAGCCUCUGUCUUUGUGUCAAUGACACCAGGGAACAAGAAUGUAACUGAAAUUGCAGCUUUGGUGGGGAAUUAAUCUUAAUGUUAGAAUUGGGUUUGAUUUUAUUGUGUUUUGGAUCUCCUUCCAUUAACUGUAUAAGUGCCAGAUCCUACUAUGGUGUGUUAUUGCAUUGGUAAAUAUUUCCAUAUCAUGACAGUAUAAUGUAAGGGCCUAUGUGCACUAUUUAUCUUCCAUAAUUGCUAAUAUUUACAUACUGUGGUAACAUAAUUCUGACAGUAUUUGAGAUUAUACAUGUAAGAAUAUAAAAUCCAGUUUAUAAAUCACACCUUUAAAUGUACUUUUCAUUGAAAUAACAGGGUAAAAGUAAAAUAAGGAAAUGAUUUAUACAUUGGUGCAAUCUGUUACCUAGAUAUUAGUUACUAUUAAUAUAGGCCCAUCAUAUUUGUGCAAUAGAAGUCCAUGGUUAGCUAAUGCCUGCAACUGACAUUUCAAAGUGGCAUCCAUCUCUGGAUUAAUCAAAAUAUGUAAAGAUUUUGCAACAUUAUUUUCAAGCUGGCGUUCUGAAAUAAAGCAGAAACUGUGGAUGAUGAUACAAUGAAUUGAACAGUAUCUGAAGGAGAAGGUAUAGUGGGUUGAAUUUUAUCCUCAUGCAAUUGCGAUAAUGUGGCAGAUUGAAUUAAUUGUCCCUUAUAAAUGCCAAAAAGGAUAGGAUGAAAAUUACAAAGAUUCUAUACUGAAUGAGCAAUUCAUUCUGUCAGAGUGCCGUCCAUUGUGAGUAGAGAAAAGUUAACACAAAUAUAUUUGGUACAAAACUGAUUUGGAUGUUUUUUUCAUUUCCUUUCUAAUCAAUCUGCAGUUAGGAACUAACAAUUUGUUAGUCCCUGGUCUUUUCUGUGCAAGAUUUGCUUUAACCAUAUUUCUGUUUUGUAUUUUCUGUCUUUCCACUCACCUACUCUUAUCAAUAUUCCUCUAAGGGGAAAAAAGACCUUACCUUUUCAUUAUAAUAAAAU